GAGAGUUUGGUUAUUGGUUUGUCAGGGUUAAUCUGCAGAUCAUGGCUAAUCAAGUUUAUUGUGUGGUUUUACUAUCUCUUACUUUGUUAAGUUUGGCUAUUCAUGGAAGCUUGUGCUUCCCUGAAAUUAAUGAAGAUAACAAUGGCUCUCCAAGUACCACUGCUGGUAAGGGAAAAAGAUGGGCAGUUCUUGUUGCAGGAUCAAAUGGUUACUACAACUAUAGGCACCAGGCUGACAUAUGCCAUGCGUACCAGAUACUUAAAAAAGGAGGACUGAAAGACGAGAACAUCAUCGUUUUCAUGUACGAUGAUAUCGCGUACAACUCGGAAAAUCCUCGAAAAGGUGUCAUCAUCAACAAGCCAAACGGACCUGACGUUUAUAAAGGAGUUCCCAAGGAUUAUACAGGAACUCAUGUUAACGCACGCAAUCUCUAUGCUGUAAUUCUUGGAGACAAAAGUUCUCUUACCGGAGGAAGUGGCAAGGUUCUAAGUAGCGGUCCGAAUGACCAUGUUUUCAUAUAUUAUGCAGACCAUGGUUCUGUAGGAUUACUUGGGAUGCCUAGUGAUCGUGUUUAUGCGAAAGAUCUCAUAAGUGUACUGCAGAAGAAGAAUGCUUCUAAAGGUUACAAAAGCAUGGUAUUUUACAUUGAAGCUUGCGAGGCAGGGAGCAUGUUUGAGGGCCUCCUUUCAAGUAAUCUGAAUAUUUAUGCUACCACCGCAUCGAAUGCAGAAGAGAGUAGUUAUGGAACAUAUUGUCCCGGUGACCUAUCAGUUCCUGCCGAGUUUGAUACUUGUUUGGGAGACUUGUAUAGCAUUUCCUGGAUGGAGGAUUGUGACUUAAGUGAUUUGCAUAAAGAAACUUUGGAGAAUCAAUAUCAAAGGGUUCGGAGAAGAACAACUAAUUCGCAUGUUAUGCAGUACGGAGAUAUGAGUCAUAAACAGGAGCUCCUCUUUGCUUACAUGGGUGCAGAUCUUUCUAUUCGUAGCCUUACUUCCACCAGCGAUAUCUCUUCACCCUCAAUCUCAAGGGCUGUUAACCAACGUGACACGAAGCUCCUCUACCUUCAGCAAAAGCUGCAAAGAGCUCCUACUGGAUCUCAAGAGAAACAGGAUGCUCAGAAGCAGCUGCUGCUUGAAAUUGCUCAUAGGAAAAACGUGGACUAUAGCAUAACGAAACUGGGGGAGGUUUUGUUCGGACACGAGAAGAGCUCAAACGUUUUAAUGAAUGUUAGGCUACAGGGGCAACCUGUGGUAGAUAAUUGGGACUGCUUCAAGAACUUUUUGAAUAUUUAUGAGAAGUACUGUGGACAUUUAUCUGUAUACGGAAUGAAGUACACGCGAGCUAUAGCCAACAUAUGCAAUGCUGGGAUUACCACAGAGAAAAUGGUUGCAGCAUCUGAUCAAACUUGUGCCAACAAACCCAAUGUCUAGAACUUCCUUUCUGAUCAGAUAAAUGAUCAAUUUAUGUAUGUGUGAUGUGUUGGAUGCUAAACCAUUUCUGGAGUUGAUCUUGAAGAAAUUGCAGCAGCUAGACCAAGAAAGCCAACGGCUAUUUUCUUUUGAAAUGUAACGGCUAGUUUAAGUUAAGUGAUAGUUUUUACUAGUGUAAAGCUUAGAUUAAAUGCUCCAAUGAAGGGCUAAGAUUAGCUUUGUACGAACAGGUUGGUGAGCAUUUUGUCAGCUAGCUCCAAUGGAGAUAAGGGCUGACUGUGCAAUCCCAAAACCCUAUAAAUUACAUAUAUAUGUGUGCGCGUGUGCUAUGAUCAAUACAUGUAUGUGUGAUGCGAAUAAGAAAAAAGAAAUAAUACAAAAUAUU